AUGGAGAACGCCCACACGAAAUCAACCGAUGAGGUCUUACAGUAUUUCGGUGUCAGUGGUGAUGUUGGCCUUACCGAGAAACAGGUUCUUCAAAACAGAGAAAAAUAUGGCUCCAAUGAACUGCCAGCUGAAGAAGGGAAGAAAUUAUGGGAAUUAAUAUUGGAACAGUUCGACGAUCUCCUUGUCAAAAUUUUGCUUCUUGCUGCUAUCAUUUCAUUCGUGCUAGCCUUAUUUGAAGAACACGACGAUCAAACAUCAGCGGUCACUGCAUUCGUUGAACCUUUUGUAAUUUUGCUUAUCUUAAUAGCAAAUGCAACGGUCGGUGUUUGGCAAGAGAGGAAUGCCGAAAGUGCUAUAGAAGCUCUUAAAGAAUACGAACCAGAGAUGGCAAAAGUAAUGCGUGAAGGGAAGCACGGAAUUCAGAUGAUUCGUGCUAAUGAACUUGUGCCGGGUGAUAUCGUUGAGGUUUCAGUGGGUGAUAAAAUUCCCGCAGAUUUACGUUUGAUAAAAAUUUAUUCAACAACAUUGCGUAUUGAUCAAUCAAUCCUUACCGGUGAAUCAGUUUCUGUAAUUAAAUAUACGGAUAGCGUACCUGAUCCAAGGGCUGUUAAUCAGGAUAAGAAGAAUUGUCUUUUCUCCGGAACAAACGUUGCUGCUGGGAAGGCUCGUGGUGUUGUUUUUGGUAUUGGGUUAAAUACGGAAAUUGGUAAAAUCCGUACCGAAAUGGCUGAAACUGAAACCGAUCGUACACCGCUACAGCAGAAACUUGAUGAAUUCGGUGAACAGUUGUCCAAAGUUAUUUCAAUUAUUUGUGUGGCUGUGUGGGCGAUCAAUAUCGGUCACUUCAACGAUCCUGCUCAUGGUGGUUCGUGGAUCAAAGGUGCUAUAUAUUACUUCAAAAUUGCUGUUGCGCUUGCUGUUGCUGCUAUCCCAGAAGGUCUUCCUGCUGUUAUCACAACUUGCUUAGCUUUGGGCACACGUCGAAUGGCUAAAAAAAAUGCUAUUGUGCGUUCGUUACCAUCAGUGGAAACUUUGGGUUGUACUUCCGUAAUUUGCUCAGAUAAAACCGGAACACUUACUACUAAUCAAAUGAGUGUUUCGAAAAUGUUUGUUGCAAGCAAAGUAACCGGCGACGAUAUUGAUUUCCUCGAAUUUACUAUUAGCGGAUCAACUUAUGAACCAUCAGGACAGGUAUUUCAUCAUGGACGGCAAAUAAACUGUGCAAGUGGUGAAUUUGAGGCUUUAACAGAAUUGGCAACUAUUUGUGCAAUGUGCAACGACUCUUCUGUUGACUAUAACGAAACGAAACAUAUGUAUGAGAAAGUUGGUGAAGCAACGGAAACAGCAUUAGUUGUUUUAUGCGAAAAAAUGAAUGUAUAUGGAACGAAUAAAGUGGGCUUAUCACCUCGUGAUCUGGGAAAUGUUUGUAACCGAGUGAUUCAACAAAAAUGGAAGAAAGAAUUUACUUUGGAGUUUUCACGUGAUCGGAAAAGUAUGAGCGCAUUUUGUAUACCAUCAUCCGGUGGGACGAAUGCAAAAAUGUUUGUGAAAGGAGCACCAGAAGGUGUACUAAAUCGGUGUACUCAUGUUCGAGUGAAUGGACAGCGUAUACCAUUAACACAAAAAAUAACGCAGAAAAUCGUUGAUCAGUGCAUUCAUUAUGGUACCGGACGGGAUACUUUACGAUGUUUAGCUUUGGGAACAAUCGAUAGUCCUCCAGAUCCUCGCACUAUGAAUUUGGAAGAUUCGUCACAGUUUAUACUUUACGAGAAGGAUAUAACAUUUGUGGGCGUUGUUGGCAUGUUAGAUCCACCACGAGCAGAAGUGAUUCCUUCAAUUAAAGAAUGUCGUAUGGCCGGUAUCCGAGUUAUCAUGAUCACCGGUGAUAACAAAAAUACUGCAGAAGCUAUUGGUCGUCGUAUUGGACUUUUUGCUGAGGACGAAGAUUCUACCGGUAAGGCAUUUACCGGACGGGAAUUUGACGAUCUACCACCAGAGCAACAAAGCGAUGCUUGCCGACGAGCUAAACUUUUUGCACGUGUUGAACCCACUCAUAAAUCAAAAAUUGUUGAAUUUCUUCAGUCCCAUGGUGAAAUUACUGCCAUGACUGGCGAUGGAGUAAACGAUGCACCAGCACUGAAAAAAUCCGAAAUCGGCAUUGCUAUGGGUUCAGGAACAGCUGUUGCAAAAACAGCGUCAGAAAUGGUUCUAGCUGAUGAUAAUUUUGCGACAAUUGUUGCUGCUGUUGAAGAAGGACGAGCUAUUUACAAUAACAUGAAGCAAUUUAUUCGUUAUCUUAUUUCAUCAAAUAUUGGCGAGGUUGUAUCGAUUUUUUUAGUAGCAGCAUUAGGCAUACCCGAAGCAUUAAUUCCCGUUCAGCUACUGUGGGUGAAUUUAGUCACCGAUGGUCUUCCGGCUACUGCUUUAGGUUUUAAUCCUCCGGAUCUGGAUAUUAUGGACCGACCACCACGUUCUGCUGGAGAGUCGCUUAUCUCGAAAUGGCUUUUCUUUCGUUACAUGGCUGUCGGAUCAUAUGUUGGAUUAGCAACUGUUGGUGCAGCGAUGUGGUGGUUUUUGUUGUAUGAAGAUGGUCCACAGAUCAGUUAUUACCAAUUGACACAUUGGAUGCGUUGCGAAAUUGAACCAGAAAACUUUGCCGAUCUUGACUGUGCUGUUUUUGAGGAUGCACAUCCGAAUGCAAUGGCACUUUCAGUUCUAGUUACAAUUGAAAUGUUCAACGCACUAAAUAGUUUAUCGGAAAAUCAAUCGCUUUUGGUAAUGCCACCAUGGAAAAACAUCUGGUUGAUGUCAUCGAUAGCUUUAUCGCUGUCAUUACAUUUUGUUAUCUUAUACGUGGAAAUUCUGGCAACGAUCUUCCAGAUUACACCACUUACACUAGUGGAAUGGUUCGCAGUGCUAAAAAUUUCAUUCCCCGUUAUUCUUCUGGAUGAAGUUUUGAAAUUUAUCGCUCGAAACUACAUCGAUGGUGAGACUGUUUGCCGUAUCGGUGAUUAUGAAAAGCCAGUCAAGAAACGUGUGUCACAUACCCUACUUACUGUUGUUAUGCUAACCACGCUUUGUGUUGGUUACUUUUAUUGGCUUUUGAAACCAUAUUGGUCACAACUAAUGCAUGCUUUUAGUAUGGAUCUACAAUCGAAUUCAAACAGUUUUCAUUCACAUUCGCAUGAUGAUUUAUGA